AGGCGUGCCCACCACUACAUUCCUCUAUGUAUAUGAAUGCAUGAGGAUACUUCAUGGGUGUAAUGUAAAUCAAUGGCUAUGAUUUGUGGUGGAUUGGUGGGGUGGUCCAAAUGGUCACAAAGAGAGGAGUUGGGUGCACCCAUCUUAGCCCUCUCUUUCCAUACCUUCACAGUCACCUUACUCAGCCUCAUUCUCCCUCUCUCCUUCCUCCUCCUAGCAAGGCUAUCCAUUGCACAACACCUCUUAUCCUACACCCCUUAUCCUACACCCUCCUCCAUCAUCCUCUCUCUUUUCCUAUACACCACCCCACCUUUCAUGCACUCCUUGGUGGUAUCCAUUACUGCAACAGCCUUAGUGUGCACAUUAGCGGGCCGCGCUCGCCGGCCUCACUUGUAUGUGUCAUGGGCCUUGUUGUUUGUGCUGCAGCUAUGUGUUGGAUUGGGAAUUGAGGCGACCCCCGUGGCUAGUACAUGGCCGGUGCACAUUAACGAUGGAUGUGUGACGUGGUUGCGACGGGUGAUGUUCUUCAUUGGGCUACAUGAGAUGAUGUUGUUUUGGUCGAGGACGAUCGUGAGGCCGGUGGUGGAUGAUGCAAUUUAUGGGGUGGUGAUGGAGGAGUGGGCCGUCGAGAAGGUGGCAACGGCUGCGGCUUUCAGCGCGUUGUGGUGGUGGAGGUUGAGGAAUGAAGUUGAAGUACUGGUUGCUAUGGUGGAGGUUAAGAAAGAGGCAUUGAUGGGCAUGGAUGUGGUUGAUUUGGUUGGGUGGAUGGUCUAUUACAUGACAGUUAUAAUGGGUGUGGUGAGAUUUAUGAAAGGGUCUGUUUGGCUGUCCCAACUCUUGCUUCAUAAAGAACCAAAUGAGAGAUUUGAUUCUCAUUGUGGAGAAGAUGAUAAGGUGUAAAUUAGACCUUAUAGCUUGUGUUCUUAUUCAUUAUUGUUACUAUUUCUUGUUUGA